CCCGAGUGGACCAUCGGGCGGAGAAGAGGUUGUGAUCUUUCAUUCCCUGGCAAUAAACUGGUCUCUGGAGAUCACUGUAAAAUUAUCGUGGAUGAAAAAUCUGGUCAGGUGUCGCUGGAAGAUACCAGCACCAAUGGAACAGUAAUUAACAAGCUGAAGGUUGUUAAGAAGCAGACUUGUCCUUUGCAGACUGGGGAUGUCAUCUACUUGGUGUAUAGGAAGAAUGAGCCAGAAUACAACGUGGCAUACCUCUACGAGUCUCUGCAUGAAAAGCAAGGCAUCACACAAGACCCCUUUGAAGCUAAUAAAGAGAAUGUGUUCCACGUGACCAAAGAUACCUCAGGUGCAGGGCAAGGUGACGAUCCCCAGGUCCUGCCGUCAUCGCCCACCACUCAGGCGUGCUUUGAGGAACCACAGCCAUCGACGUCGACCUCGGACCUCUUCCCCACGGCCUCUACCUCUUCCACGGAGCCCACCUCUGCGGGGCAAGCGCCUCCCUUCAGCCCUGACUUCAGAGAUGCAGGCGUCUCCCCAAAAGAAUGUGGUCCGUCUGUGGCAAAUGAUGAAAUCCCCACCUUCCCUUCGGCUCUCCCAGACAGAGAAGGAGCACCCUUCUCUCUGCCAGGGUCCCGGGACCAAGAGGAUUUGGAGCCUGUCACGAAGAGAAUGAAAGCAGGUCAGAGUCUCACCGUUUUCCUGCAGCCCUGCAUGCACACCUUCUGUGCCGCCUGCUACUCGGGCUGGAUGGAGCGCUCCGCCUUCUGCCCCACCUGCCGCUGUCCGGUGGAGAGGAUCUGUAAAAACCACAUCCUGAACAACCUGGUGGAGGCGUACCUUCUCCAGCACCCAGACAAGAGUCGCAGCGAGGAAGACGUGCGGAGCAUGGCUGCCAGGAACAAGAUCACUCAAGACAUGCUGCAGCCCAAAGUCAGAAGGUCUUUCUCUGAUGAGGAGGGCAGUUCGGAGGACCUGCUGGAGCUGUCAGACGCAGACAGCGAGUCCUCGGACAUCAGUUCACAGCUCGCCCAGCAUCAUACCUGUGAGACCCAGGAUUACGUGUGUGCCCUGCAAGGAAGCCAUGCCAUCUGCACUUGCUGCUUCCAGCCCAUGCCCGACCGGAGGGCAGAACGUGAGCAGGACCCCCGCAUCGCCCCCCAGCAGUGUGCCGUUUGCCUGCAGCCUUUCUGCCACCUGUACUGGGGCUGCGCCCGGGCCGGCUGUCUCGGCUGCCUGGCCCCGUUCUGUGAGCUGGACCUGGGUGACAGGUGUCUGGACGGGGUUCUCAGCAAUAAUCACUAUGAGUCGGACAUCCUGAAGAAUUACCUGGCAACCAGGGGUUUGACGUGGAAAAACAUGUUGACUGAAAGUCUCGUGGCUCUGCAGAGGGGAGUGUUCCUGCUGUCUGAUUACAGAAUCACAGGGAACACUGUGCUCUGUUACUGCUGUGGCCUGAGAAGCUUCCGAGAGCUGACCUACCAGUAUCGGCAGAACAUUCCUGCUUCCGAGUUGCCAGUGGCUGUAACAUCCCGUCCUGACUGCUAUUGGGGCCGCAACUGCCGCACUCAGGUGAAGGCCCACCACGCAAUGAAAUUCAAUCAUAUCUGUGAACAGACAAGGUUCAAGAACUGAGUAUCUAGGAGGCACCAAGGUGGCGUGGGGGUAGUGGAAGUCAGCGACAGCGUGUUUCAGAAAAUACCGGAUACAAACAUUUUCAGGGCAUUUUACAGCCCCCCGGCGGGGAUGGGGGAAGCUGGGGGUCUCUACGUCCGGCACUGUAGCGUGGCUUUUUCUUCUGUGGCGUGAGACCCUCUUGCCGAGAGCCCCCUACCCCAGUGGCCUGGGAGGCCUGGGGUGGCAUGAACAGCCCCUCCUCUGGCCUUGGGGCCACCAGAGCACGUCAGCCAGAAGAACCACUGUCAGCCGCCCCCUCGCGCUCAGACAACGACGUUCAGGUUUGCUCUUUGGACCUUUCCCAAAACUGUGGCUAAGACAGACGUCUCUCUUCAAGAAAGCUCUCAUGGGAGGAAAAGGAAAGUCUGUCAGAAACGUCCUGUUGUUGAAGGGAAAGGGGGCAAAGGCUUACAGCCUGCGGGCACAGCCACAGCCCUGCUUCGGGGACAGCCACGACUCGUGGGCGUUUCUAUUUGUAAGAGGUUUGGUGCUGAUCUUUUAGUAAGAUUUAUCACAAACUGUAGCACAAGUAAUAUAUAAUUUACAAAUUGACUAAAAUUGGGAUAGUAGGGUGUUUGAAGGAAUAAACAUGUGUUUCUGUUUAUUACGAAAAGGAAAAAAAUCAGAUGUCCGGAACCGCUAACCCUAGAUCCCCAGUGUUAGGUGCGUGGCCCUGUCCCAGGAGGGCAUAAGGUGGGUUGUUUCCACCCUCAGCCGCCGUGGAGCAGAGCCCUGCUGCCCGCUUCCCACUCCGUGGGCACAGCCACAGGCCCUGCUGAGCUGCCCCAUGGUCUUUCUCCAUUCCCUGCCGGGCCGGUUCAGCCCUGGGGUGCCCCAGCCCAUCUGGAGCGGCCCCUGCCCCGAGAGCGCCAGGGACCUUUGCCAGUGAGACCUCGUCUCCGUCAUUGGGUUUGCCAUGUCAUCUGGAAUAAUACUUGAAAUUUUGUUCUUUGUUAAAAAAAAAAAAAGUUUUUUAUCGUUUGUUGAAAUCAUCUGUUAUUUUUGUUUGCAAAAUUGUAACUUUUCGCUUCUUCUCAGGAAUAGGAUUUUCAACUGUUGUCUUGCUCUUGAUACAGACUCUGAGAAGCAGCGCUGUUUGUGGAAAAGGCCUCCUUCCCGCAUUCUAAUAAACAAGCCGUGUCUGUUUCUCUCCC